AUGACGACGGUGGUGAAGACGACGACGCGGACGCCGCCGAAGCCGCCGGCGGCGGUGCGAGGCGUGUGCGAAACGCCGACGCGCGGGAACGCGCAGGCGCUGGGAGCGACGCGCGUGAGAGGAGAUAAGGAUGACAGUGUGAAUUUUGCGGUGUUUUCGUCGUCGGCGACGGCGGUGAGUUUGGUGUUGUGGACGCCCGAGGCGUUGGCGAAGGGCGAGAUUACCGCCGAGAUUGAGCUCGACGAUAGAGUCAAUAAGACUGGGAGCGUGUGGCACGUCGCGCUGCCGAAGUGUGCGGAGAACGUGCUUUAUGGGUACAGAGUCGAUGGGCCGUACGAACCCGAGAAAGGGCACAGAUUCGAUCGCAGUAAGGUUUUGCUCGAUCCGUACGCCAAGGCGACGGUGAGUCGACCUCGGUACGGCGAACUGGGUAAGAAGGCGGACGGGAGCGAAGAUUGCUGGCCGCAAUACGCGGGUGCGGUGCCGAAAAAGAAUAAAAAGGACGAUCGAGAAGAUUUUGACUGGCAAGGCGUGACUUCGCCGAAUCGUCCGAUGAGCGACCUCGUCGUGUACGAGGCGCACGUUCGAGGGAUGACGGCGGAUUUGAAAACCAAGGCGCAACCCGGUACAUACGCCGCGCUCGUGGAGACGUUGCCGUACUUGAAGACACUGGGAGUGAAUGCUAUUGAGCUCAUGCCUUGCCAUGAAUUCAAUGAGUUGGAAUAUCACAGCGUGAACCCAGCCACGGGGGAAUUUCGAAGAAACUUUUGGGGAUACAGCACCGUCAACUUUUUCAGUCCGAUGACUCGAUACGCCGAGGCUGGUGACAAAGAUUGCGGUCGCGCGGCGGCUCAAGAGUUCAAGUACAUGGUACGAGAGGCACAUCGAGCCGGCAUUGAGGUCAUCAUGGAUGUGGUCUUCAAUCACACGGCUGAAGGGAACGAGGAAGGUUUGACACUCUCGUUCCGAGGCUUGGACAAUCGCGUGUAUUACAUGGUCGCCCCGGAGGGGCAGUUCUACAACUACAGCGGAUGCGGUAACACAAUGAAUUGCAACCACGCAGUGGUGCGCGAAUUUAUCGUCGAAUGCUUGCGCUACUGGGUGCUCGAAUAUCACAUCGAUGGCUUCAGAUUUGACUUGGCGAGUAUUCUCACGCGCGCCUCAAGCGAGUGGGAUCGCGCAAACAUUUUUGGCGAAUCAACGGCAGAGACACCGAUGUUAGAAGAGGUGGCGAUUGGAACUCCGCUUCAAGACCCACCGUUAAUCGAUGCCGUUAGCAAUGAUCCCGUGUUGGCCGGGACGAAGCUGAUCGCCGAGGCGUGGGAUGCCGGCGGAUUGUAUCAAGUCGGUUCGUUCCCGCACUUUGGCGUGUGGUCUGAGUGGAACGGGAAGUUUCGUGAUGACGUGCGUAACUUCAUCAGAGGCGUUGAUGGUUACGCUGGUUUGUUUGCCGAACGUUUGUGUGGUAGCCCCGAGCUCUACGCCGAUGGUAGAACUCCCGCGGCGAGCAUCAACUUUGUCACCGCUCACGACGGUUUCACGUUGCGCGACUGCGUGACGUACAACGAGAAGAACAACAUCGCAAACGGAGAAGAGAACCGCGACGGGGAAGAGCACAACCAAUCAUGGAAUUGCGGUUUGACGUGCGAGGACGAUGGUGAGUCGUGCGAUCCUGAGAUUUGCUCGUUGCGAGAUCGACAAAUGAGAAACUUCAUGGUUGCACUAUUCGUCGCUCAGGGUGUGCCGAUGUUGUACAUGGGAGAUGAAUACGGACACACUAAGUGCGGUAACAACAACACGUAUUGUCACGAUAACUGGAUGAAUUGGGUUAAUUGGGACGAGGCAAACGAUCCACUCGCCGGCGAAGGACUUGCGAGAUUCGUCCGCCAACUCACCACGCUUCGCAAGGACAACAGUGCAUUCCGACUUCCAGCGUUUCCGACCGCCGAGAACAUUCAAUGGCACGGACAUAAACCUGAAGUUCCGCUCUGGGAGGAAGAUUCGCGAUUUGUGGCGUUCACUUUGCAGGAUACCACGGAGUCACCAAAGUUUUACGUCGCCUUCAACGCGCACCACGAACCAGCCUUCGUGAAGCUUCCAACCCCUCCCGAGGGCCAGCGAUGGAAACUCGUUCUCGACACCGCAUUGGAGACACCGUUUGACUUCGUGUCCGGCGAUGAUGUCGCCGAGGCUGAUUUAUACACCGCGGAGGCUAUGAUUUUGCCUUCGCUUCGUCGUAACGCUUAUGUGUGCGUCGACCGCUCCGCUGUAAUCUUCCAAGCGGUUCCCAUCGAGUGA